CUGACCAGCCCACACGCCUGCACUGCACACUUUCCUGCAGGCCUCCCCACUGCCUCUCUGGGACCAGGGGGUCUAUCUGGCUGGAGAAGAAGGCCCUCUCAUGCUAGCGUUGCAGACCCCAGAGGGUCUGGUGUGGGUGCUGAGAUGGCCAAUGAGAAUCACGGCAGCCCCCGGGAGGAAGCAUCCUUGUUGAGUCACUCCCCAGGCACCUCCAGUCAGAGCCAGCCCUGUUCUCCAAAGCCCGUCCGCCUGGUGCAGGACCUCCCAGAGGAGCUGGUGCACGCCGGCUGGGAGAAGUGCUGGAGCAGAAGGGAGAACCGUCCCUACUACUUCAACCGAUUCACCAACCAGUCCCUGUGGGAGAUGCCUGUGCUGGGCCAGCACGAUGUGAUUUCGGACCCUUUGGGGCUGAAUGCGACUCCCCUGCCCCAAGACUCAAGCUUGGUGGAAACCCCCCCGGCUGAGAACAAGCCCCGAAAGCGGCAGCUCUCGGAAGAGCAGCCCAGCGGCAAUGGCGUGAAGAAGCCCAAGAUUGAAAUCCCCAUGACACCCACGGGCCCGUCAGUGCCCAGCUCCCCCAGCGUCCCAGGAACCCCAACCCUGAAGAUUUGGGGGACAUCCCCUGAAGAUAAACAGCAGGCAGCUCUCCUCCGACCCACUGAGGUGUACUGGGAUCUCGACAUUCAGACCAACGCUGUCAUCAAGCACCGGGGGCCAUCAGAGGUGCUGCCUCCGCAUCCCGAGGUGGAGCUGCUCCGUUCCCAGCUCAUCCUGAAGCUUCGGCAGCACUACCGGGAGCUGUGCCAGCAGCGAGAGGGCAUCGAGCCCCCCCGGGAAUCCUUCAACCGCUGGAUGUUGGAGCGCAAGGUCGUGGACAAAGGCUCUGAUCCCCUGUUGCCGAGCAACUGCGAACCGGUCGUGUCACCUUCCAUGUUUCGCGAAAUCAUGAAUGACAUUCCCAUCAGGUUAUCCCGAAUCAAGUUCCGGGAGGAAGCCAAGCGUCUGCUCUUCAAAUAUGCAGAGGCUGCCAGGCGGCUCAUCGAGUCCAGGAGUGCAUCUCCCGACAGCAGGAAGGUGGUCAAGUGGAACGUGGAGGAUACCUUCAGCUGGCUGCGGAAGGACCAUUCCGCCUCAAAGGAGGACUAUAUGGAUCGCCUGGAGCAUCUACGGAGGCAGUGUGGCCCCCACGUCUCGGCCGCAGCCAAGGACUCCGUGGAGGGUAUCUGCAGUAAGAUCUACCACAUCUCUCUGGAGUACGUCAAACGGAUCCGAGAGAAGCACCUUGCCAUCCUCAAGGAAAACAACAUCCCAGAGGAGGUGGAGGCCCCUGAGGUGGAGCCCCGCCUGGUGUACUGCUACCCAGUUCGGCUGGCCGUGUCUGCACCUCCCAUGCCCAGCGUGGAAAUGCACGUGGAGAAUAACGUGGUCUGCAUCCGGUAUAAGGGCGAGAUGGUCAAGGUCAGCCGCAACUACUUCAGCAAGCUGUGGCUCCUUUACCGCUACAGUUGCAUCGACGAUUCUGCCUUUGAGAGGUUCCUGCCCCGAGUCUGGUGUCUUCUCCGCCGGUACCAGAUGAUGUUCGGUGUGGGCCUCUACGAGGGGACAGGCCUGCAGGGGUCGCUGCCCGUGCACGUCUUCGAGGCCCUCCACCGACUUUUCGGCGUCAGCUUCGAGUGCUUCGCCUCACCCCUCAACUGCUACUUUCGCCAGUACUGCUCCGCCUUCCCCGACACGGACGGCUACUUUGGCUCCCGCGGGCCCUGCCUGGAUUUCUCCCCGCUGAGUGGUUCCUUCGAGGCCAACCCUCCCUUCUGCGAGGAGCUCAUGGACGCCAUGGUCUCUCACUUCGAGAAACUGCUCGAGAGCUCGCCAGAGCCCCUGUCCUUCAUCGUGUUCAUCCCCGAGUGGCGGGAACCGCCAACCCCAGCGCUCACCCGCAUGGAGCAGAGCCGCUUCAAGCGCCACCAGCUGGUCCUGCCCGCCUUCGAGCACGAGUACCGCAGCGGCUCCCAGCACGUCUGCAAGAAGGAGGAAAUGCACUACAAGGCCGUCCACAGCACGGCCGUGCUCUUCCUACAGAACGACCCUGGAUUUGCCAAGUGGGGGCCGACGCCCGAGCGGCUGCAGGAGUUGAGCGCCGCCUACCGGCAGUCGGGCCGCAGCCAUGGCUCUGUCGGCUCCUCGUCGUCCUCCUCGGAGGCCAAGGACCGGGACUCAGGCCGCGAGCAGGGCCCCAGCCGGGAGCCUCACUCCACCUAACACAUCCUGCGGGGAG